UUUUUUUUUGGAAAAUUUCGAUUUUCGGAAUAACCAAGAAUGUGUUUCACUUCUUGUGACACAGGCUGAGUAUCUUAAGAUACUGUAGGGUAUCCAGGUUUUAAAGGGAUGUUCGUUUCAAGUUAACAAACACUUUUAAACUAACCCAAUGACACAGCCUUCCAAGAAAGUUGCUCCAGCGCCAUUAGCCACCAAGACCAAGGCCACUGCCUCUACUAAGAACCCAUUGUUCGAAUCUAGCCCAAAGAACUUUGGUAUUGGACAAUCCAUCCAGCCAAAGAGAAACUUGUCUAGAUUCGUCAAGUGGCCAGAAUACGUCAGAUUGCAAAGACAAAAGAAGAUCUUGUCUUUGAGAUUGAAGGUUCCUCCAGCCAUCUCUCAAUUCCAAAACACCUUGGACAAGAACACUGCUGCCCAAGCCAUCAAGUUGUUCAACAAGUACAGACCAGAAACCUCUGCUGAGAAGAAGGAAAGAUUGACCAAGGAGGCUGCUGCCAUCGCUGAAGGCAAGACCGCCAAGGACGUUUCUCCAAAGCCAGUUGUGGUCAAGUACGGUUUGAACCACGUUGUUUCCUUGAUUGAAAACAAGAAGGCCAAGUUGGUUUUGAUUGCCAACGACGUCGACCCAAUUGAGUUGGUCGUCUUCUUGCCAGCUUUGUGUAAGAAGAUGGGUGUUCCAUACGCCAUCAUCAAGGGUAAGGCCAGAUUGGGUACCUUGGUCCACAAGAAGACCUCCUCUGUCGCUGCCUUGACCGAAGUCAACUCUGCUGACGAGGCUGAAUUGGCAAAGUUGGUUUCCACCAUUAACGCUAACUUCAUCGAGAAGUACGAAGACUCCAGAAGACACUGGGGUGGUGGUAUCAUGGGCUCCAAGGCCGUCGAGAAGAAGGCCAAGAGAGCCAAGAACCUCGACGUUGCCCCAACCAACUAAGCCCAGCUUAUAUCAAUUGUAUAUUAAUAAACUCGUUCCCA